GUAAACUCCACUGCAGUCAGCUGGCAAACUCCGGCGUGCAGUUUUCUCCGAAAUUAUGUUUGGGAUAUUGUAAAUUUCGACGCGUGGUAGUGUAAAUUGAACACUGGUGAAUUACAGGCAUUGAUUAAAAGCCACAAACCGCACAGUUUGAUAUUUUCUUAGUGCUGUUUGUCGAAGAUACUUAGGACGGGAGGUUUGUCGCUGGUAAAUAAGUAAUGAGUUGUCCGGUCGGACAGUUGCGGAGAUUAUUCAUUGCCAGGCAUUCUGGGUUACGAGUUAAUCAUCCUGGUGCGAGCUGCGGAGGAACUAAUUUACUCGACCAAUUGUAACGUGCUAUUUUAUCGGGAAAGUUAGCAAAGGAUUUAAACACUUGGAAUUAGGUAAUUGUGGCUCAAUGAUUCAGCGGUGCGAAAUGCAAUGGAUUGGCGCAACAUAUGAAUACCGAAAAAGAAAGAUGACGGGGUAUGGUCUGGUUGUGAAACACGACGAUGGCGUUCACCCUUGAGGUUCAGUCAGAAUGGCUAGGGAAGAUUCCGUUAAAUGUCUACGCUGCUCUCUUUAUGCCUUGAAUUUCCUUUUCUGGCUGAUGUCACUCUGUGUUCUGGGUGUGUCUGCAUGGAUGAGGGAUUAUUUGAAUAAUGUGCUUGUAUUAACAACGGAAACCAGGCUGGAAGAAGCAUUCAUUCUGACGUAUUUUCCAGUGAUUCAUCCCUUAAUGAUUGCAGUGUGCUGUUUUUUAAUAAUAGUUGGAAUGUUAGGCUGCUGUGGGACGCUGAAGGGAAAUCCACUGCUCCUUGCUUGGUAUUUUGGUAUCCUGCUGAUAAUUUUCUGUGUGGAAUUAGCCUGUGGAGUAUGGAACUAUGAUCAGGACUAUUUGAUCUCCAUACAAAAGUCUGAUAUGCUUGGGUUAAAAUCAAGAAUGUCUCAUUUUGGUAUGGGUACAUACCAGUGGUUAACCCAUGCAUGGAAUUUCUUUCAGAGAGAGUUCAAGUGUUGCGGAGUGGUAUACUUUACAGAUUGGUUAGAAAUGGCAGGAAUGGAAUGGCCUCCGGACUCUUGUUGCAUCAGAGAAUUUCCAGGAUGCUCUAAACGAGCACAUUAUGGGGAUCAUGUCGACAUUUAUCAAGAGGGCUGUGGACAGAAAAUGUACAAUUUUUUGCGUGGGACCAAACAACUGCAGAUGUUAAGGUUUCUUGGGAUAUCCAUUGGAGUAGCACAGUUACUGGCCAUGAUACUCACUGUUACAUUCCUGUGGGCAUUGUAUUAUGACAAAAAGGAGCCACAGGCUGGUCAAAAAAAGACUACACCCCAGCACCUUGUCUGCCAUUCAGUAGAAUUAUUGAAACAAGCCCCCCGAAGUAGUGAACUGAAACAGGCAGGUGCAACAAACAGCUUUUACACACAGUUUGAAAUCGAGGAAUUGUAGCUGGACUUGGUCAGAUCAAUAGAAUGCUGGAUAUAUUCGAUAAGAACAACUUCUGCCUUUGUACAUCAAUUGUCUAUUAAACCACCAUUCCAAGCAAAGAAACUAGAGACAGUAAAAAAAAAUGACUUGAUGAAGUAAUCUGCAAAUAAUUUAUUUUGAUUAAGGCACUUUUAUUCUGCUGCUACGUAAGAUCUGCACUCGAGUGCCAGUCUCUCUGGGUGUCAUUCCCUCAUGACAAGAUUCUUAUCCUUGCCUCUAUAGAGAUCCAAAACAAAGGUUGAUUUCCAGGUACUGGGCUUUGCCUGAUUCAAUAAACUGCAUAAAGAUGUCAAGCAUAUAGUUCAUCUUUUCUCAAAAGCAUUCUGACCAACAUAGAAGAACUUUAAUUAACAUUGAUUUUUUUAAUUUUAUAGAAUACUUGAGCUGCUGUAAUAGAUCAGGUGAUUAAGCUUGGCAAUGAAAAUUGCCAGAAAUGACUGAUUACUGUAUUUUGGCCUGAUGGGGGUGGGGAGGGGAGCGGUGUGCUUGGGGAGAGGGAAAUGCAGAUUCAAUCAAAGUUGGUAGUACUUGUGUGUUUACGUUCUGCAUUAACAAAUGCUGGUGUGAGUGAUUUAAUGUUUUGUGUUCAUGUUUUGCACAUAAUUGCAAUUCAAAUUCUUGAUGUUUAGAAUUAACUUCUUUCUAAUUCCAUGUUGCAAGUCUUCACCUUUCUCAUUAAAACAUUAGAUGUAUGAGGAGCCUGAUAGGAUUUCUUUACUCAGAAGGUAAAUGCAAAUUAUCUUUUAUGCAUUUAGCAUUUAAUAACUGAAUAUUGCAGAAUACAUGUAUCAUAAUUGUCCUAAUUGCGUUUCAAUAAUAUAUAGUCAAAAGGAUUGUAAAGAAAUAUUUGGGGAGUUGGCACACUCAGUGUAAGGUGUAUACUACAAUUCAUUUACUGUUUAAUUUUGGAAGUUGUUAAUAAAUUUGUUGACCAUAAGAUGCAAAAUAGUUUGAAAUUUGCUACAAAAUGAUAGUAUUAGCUGUUCUUAUUUUUUUUGUUCCUUUUUAUUUCUUCGUUUGUGCCUCCUGAGUGUGAAAAAGCAGCAGGGAGAAUGAGUUACUGGAGUGGAUUUUUCUGAGUUUGACUUGUCCCUCGCACUUGCAGCCUGUGUUCCUCAUUCCCCCAGCUUCUCUGCACUUGGAAGGUCAAUCUUGCUAGCUGAGAGUGUCUGGGAGUUGAGUGAAGCCCUGUCAGCUCUUGGGGCUCCAACGCUGCUAUCAGGUGAAAUGGGUAGGCAGAAUAAGAUCCACCCAUAAAACAAUGAGUGGUGCAGUGGGUACAAGCUCAAGGUCAGUGAGUCCGAUGUGAUCUAAUCAUGAGUGUUGUUUCUGUGGAUGUACACGUUGCUCCAAUAUGCCAAAACUCUGCUGGCCAGUGUGUUAAUUCCCUGCUUUAAAUUGCUUCUGGUAUAGCUUAGGUGGCAGGAAAAUCAGGGAAGGGGGAUUGUUCGUGGGUGGUGGGGGAAAUAAUUGGGAUUAGUUUAUUUUGGGUGCUUGGUGGUCAGCAUGAAAAUGGUGAGCCAAGGGGCAUGUUUCCAAAUUGUAUGACUGGAAAUCCUUGCAACUAUCUAAUGUCAUUAUCUGUGCUUCUUUGAGUUUCAAAGAAUGCCUGAUAUUUCAAAGAAUUGUUUAUUUUUUAAUCAAAUGUAGGUAAUGAGUUUACAAAAUCUAGAAAUUCUGUUUUAAGGAAAAGGUUUAAAACACUUAAGUACGUUUUAACUAAUUAAAAAUUCUUGUUUGUGUUUCACCUGAUUGAACCUCACUGUGGAGGUGCAGGUGUAGUGAGAACACUAAUAAUGGGGGGAACAGGGAAAGUUGUGCAAUUACAAGACAGCUGACGGAAAUGAACACAGAGGCAAAGUGAACUAAAAAGGCCAACUUUGUGCUUUGUUUGCAAUGUAUUGGGGUGGACGGAAUGAGAUCAAGUUUGGCGUGCACUGAUUAUUCAAGAUCAGAGAAGGACAUUAUUUGCCUUAUUUUAACACUGAAAUUGGAAGGAGGAAUGAAAUGGAAGGAAAGUUGAGAGAAGAAGAUUUAUGGCAUUGAUAAUAAAAAAAAUCAUAGCUUGCACUUUAAAGCAACUUUUUCAUUAAACUGUCAAACAAAAUGAAAAAUGAAAUGGACUUGGCAGGAGCAAUUUUGACAUUGAACAAAAUGUUGGUGCUGAAGGAAGAAAAGUGUAUGGCAACACAGGUCCUUGUGAUAGUCUUGGGGAAUAGGAGGAGAAAUGGUUCAAGGAACACUUAUAAAUGUCUCCGUGCUUCUACAUGGAGGGAUCCAAGACAAGAUGGAAUCCAUGUGAAAGAUGUUUGAUAUUACUAAGAACUUUGUAACUAUGAAAGGAAUUUUAAAUAGAAAGUAACGCCUGCUGUGUUCACCAGCAACUUUGAUGUGUGUUGCUUGAAUUUCUAGCAUCUGCAGAAUUCCUCGUGUUUAAGAAAGUAACUAUUACCCAGUUUCCUCUUAAAAACCAAUAGAUUUGCUUGAAUCUGGGAAUAACAAGGUUGAAGUCACUUGUCCUGGAGCAAUAAACCACAGACUAUUAUAUUUUGUAACUCUGAAAACUAAUCAAAAGAAAAAACACAUGAACCUGGCAACUCUUGUGUGUAUCUGGCUUUCUUCUUUUAGUGAGGCAUUCAGAUAUGACAUGGUGGCAUGAUAACGUAAGCCAUUCACGUACUUGUAUAUAACCCAUAUUAAAUUAUGUAAACAAAGAAUCUUAAUUAAACAAUAUAUUUAC